AUGACUUAUACAGAAUUAUUCCCAUCUUUGGUCGACAAGAAACACAUUCAAACUAGACCUCUUCCCCCUGUUCCAGAGAAAAUUCCGUAUUGGUACAAAGCUGACCAGUUUUGUGCUUACCACCAAGGGGCACCCGGACACAAUCUAGAAGACUGUUAUGGCUUGAAGUCUGAUGUCCAAAGAUUGAUCAAAAAUGGAAUUCUAUCUUUCAGAGAUGUCAAUCCAAAUGUACAAGUCAAUCCACUACCUCAACAUGGAGGAGCUUCUAUCAACAUGGUGGAAGGUUGUCCUGGUACUUUCAGAGUUCAUGAUGUACGUUAUCUAGAGGGAGAUUUGGUUGAAAUACACCUUAAGUUGGGUGAGCUCAUCUAUAUAACACCACAAAACUAUGCGGCUUGCGGACUUUUCGGUACAACUCUCCAUGGUUGUCGCAUUGUAAGGGAAGACUUGCAAAAUGAAAUAGACAACGGACUUAUCCGAGUUGAUCGAAAUUGGAACUUCAAUCAAGUCAAUAUGGUUGAGGGUUGUCAGGCUAAUUACCAAAUCUACGAUGUGAGAUUUGUGAGAGGAUCUUUGGUUGAGAUGCACAAAAGUUUGUUUCGGCUUUCUUUUGUUCCAUCACAUGAUUAUACCACCUGUGAAGUUUGUUUGAUAAACCCACGUGCAUGUUCCCUUGUGCGGCAGGACAUCCAAGGAUUGUUGGAUGCAGGAACUAUCACUGUUGUCCAUCCCAGAAACCUCGAGAACAAUGUCAAUGUUAUAAUCCCUCAGUUCAACAUUCCUAACCCCUUGGAGAUCACAUUCAAUAGUUGUAGCUCUACAAAGUCGCCUUUGGUUAUCUACUUAGAAGGCCUAGCUCCGUACCAAUUUGACAAAGCCGUACCCUAUAAGUACCAAGCAACCAUGAUCAAAGAUGGGAAGGAGGUUCCUCUACCCUCUAUGCCUUCUAUCAUCAACAUUACCGAUGUAAGUGGGGUCACAAGAAGCCGACGUGUAUUCACUACGGUACCACCAAGAAAUGUUGAAGCUUCAGUUGGAAAGAAAAUGCAAGUUGAGGCGUCAACUAUGAGCAAUAAACCUGAUAUUGUGGAAGAGUCUAGUUGGGCUAAUAUCAAUUCAAAAUUUGAUGAGGUUUUGAGAUUAAUCAAGAAAAGCGAAUACAAAACUGUGGAUCAUCUCCUACAAACCCCUUCCAAAAUAUCUGUUUUAUCCCUGCUAAUGAGUUAUGAGGCUCAUAGGGAGGCUCUACAAAAGGUGCUCGAGCAAGCUUAUGUCGACCAUGAUGUAACGAUUGACCAAUUUGACAGCAUCGUUGCCAACAUAACUGCCUGCAACAAUUUGAGCUUCAGUCAUGAAGAACUCCCAGUAGAAGGCAAGGAUCACAACAUGGCUUUGCAUAUUUCCGUGAAUUGCCUUACUGAUUCUCUAUCCGGUGUAUUGGUGGACACAGGUUCUUCACUCAAUGUCAUGCCAAAAUCAACUUUGUCUAGAUUGACUUUUCAAGGAGCUCCUAUGAGAUCUAGUGGGGUUAUCGCCAAAGAUUUUGAUGGUUCUAAAAAGACUGUCAUCGGAGAAGUGGAUCUCCCCAUGACCAUUGGCCCACAUACCUUUCAAAUCACCUUUCAAGUGAUGGAUAUCCAUGCUUCUUACAAUUGUUUGUUGGGUCGCCCUUGGAUCCAUGAGGCGAUGGAUGUCACUUCAACUCUUCUCCAGAGGCUCAAGUUUGUAAGAAAAGGGAAGCUAGUCACAGUAUGUGGAGAAGAAGCUUUAGUGGUAAGUCACCUAUCAUCUUUUUCUUUCGUUGAUGCUGAGGACGAGAUUGGAACCCAUUUUCAAACUCUAUUUGUUGCUGACAAGAAUGUACAAGAGAAUGGAGCUUCCAUUCGUUCCUUCAAUGAUGCAUGGCAGUUAGUCGAAGAUGGAUCAACGAGUGGACGGGGAUAA